AUCUCCUCCCAUAAUUUCUGUAUUAUUUUAACUCCAUCAUAAAUUGAUAAUACCAUUUUAAAAUUACAAUUUAGGCAACACAACAUUUUAUUAAUUUAAUUAAUACAUUCUAUAUUUAGUGCCCUAUAAAAAGGGCUGUGGUUUUUUCCCAUUAUUUUGAAGAAGCUGUAAGUUUUCAUGCUCUCCUCAGUCCUCACCAUUCACCAGCCGCCAUACGGAAAUUCCAACUUUAUAGACAUAUAAGUUUAGCUUGCUAGGAAAUUCUGCAGCAUUAGAUCUUGGAAUCGUGCUACCUGAAGUUCUAGAAUGGCAUUGGCAAGGAUUGCCAGGACAGGCUUGAGAAGGUCAGGAGGUGCUAGAGGCGGUUAUACAACCGACAAAGAUGCAAUAUCUGAGGGUAUUUCCUUUUCCAAGUACACACCUUCACUGGAAAAUGCAAUGAUCAAGUGCAAUAAUUCAUACAUCUUCAACAUUGGGAAGAUGGAUAUCGCCAGUUACCAAAGUAGGGGAUACCAAGCCACUCUCUCUUCUCAAUUACCUGCUACAGAGAGGAUUGUGUAUCAGCAGUCAGUUUCAGAGCCGGAAAGCAUGAGAUACCCAGGGCUAGAAGCAACUAGGACAGGUGAAAAGCCAAGGGUUGUGGUACUUGGAACCGGUUGGGCAGCAUGCCGCUUCAUGAAGGGACUCGAUACCAAAAUGUAUGAUAUUGUGUGUAUAUCACCAAGGAACCACAUGGUUUUCACUCCUUUGCUUGCCUCAACUUGUGUUGGGACUUUGGAAUUUCGAUCUGUAGCUGAGCCUGUGGGUCACAUACAGUCUGCUCUUUCAAAGGACCCAAACUGCUAUUUCUAUUUGGCUUCUUGCACUUCCAUUGACACCUCUAAACAUGAAGUGUACUGUGAAACUGUGGAGAAUUUGGGGAAAUCAAAUGAGCGACAUCGAUUUAGGGUGGCAUAUGACAAGCUUGUUAUUGCUGUAGGAUCUGAUCCCCUGACAUUUAACAUCAAAGGGGUGCAGGAACAUGCAGUUUUUCUUCGAGAAGUUAAUCAUGCACAGGAGAUAAGAAGGAAACUUCUUUCAAAUCUUAUGCUUUCUCAGAGUCCAGGCAUAUCUGAUGAGGAAAAGAAGCGAUUGUUACAUUGUGUUAUCGUUGGAGGUGGUCCAACUGGUGUAGAAUUCAGUGGCGAACUGAGUGAUUUCAUAAAAGGCGAUGUUAGCCAGAGGUAUUCUCACGUGAAAGACCGCAUCAAGGUCACUCUUAUUGAGGCCAAUGAAAUUUUGUCAUCAUUUGAUGUGGGAUUGAGGGAAUAUGCAGCAAGUCACUUGACAAAGUCGGGUGUGUGUCUUAUGCGUGGAAUUGUGAAAGAAGUUGAGAAGGAAAAGAUUCUUCUUACUGAUGGAACAGAAGUACCCUAUGGAAUUUUGGUGUGGUCUACGGGCGUUGGUCCUUCUCAGUUUAUAAACUCUCUUAACCUUCCAAAGUGCCCUGGUGGAAGGGUUGGGAUCGAUCAGUGGUUGCGAGUUCCUUCAGUAGAAGAUGUGUUUGCUCUUGGUGAUUGUGCUGGAUUUCUGGAAAAAACUGGGAGGAAGGUUCUCCCUGCUUUAGCUCAGGUGGCUGAAAGAGAAGGCAAGUAUUUAGUUGAGCUAUUCGACAACCUGGCGAAGCAGAAUGCAGGAAAGGCUUGUUCAGCUAAAGAUGUUCUUCUAGGAGAACCUUUCGUUUACAAGCAUGCUGGCAGCAUGGCUUCAGUAGGUAGUUACAAGGCUCUAGUUGAUCUCCGAGAGUCAAAGGAUGCAAAGGGUGUAUCCAUUGCCGGGUUCCUCAGUUUUCUGAUUUGGCGGUCAGCAUACCUAACUCGCGUUCUUAGCUGGAGGAACAGAUUUUAUGUUGCUGUAAACUGGGCAACCACUCUAGUUUUUGGCAGGGAUAUUUCUAAAAUAGGAAGCUGAAGAUAGAUUAUCAGCUGCAAAUUCGGACUCAUCUUUUGUAGCUGUUAUGUUGCAAUGAUCAUAUCCUGUUACUUAUAGGAGGGAAAACUUAUAACGUAUGGUAAAAUUUUGGAUGUUAACAGCAAUUUGCGAAACUUAAUACUAGUAUACUAUGUGUUUACAUUA